AAUGCUCUUUUAUUGAAGGAUGAUGACCAUAUGAAGCCAAUUAUUAUCACAUUGUUGUUUGGCUCCUUUUUAAAUCAUAAUGAUGACAGAAAUCACCCAAAUGGCCCGGAACUUGCAGUCAGGGACUUUUUUAAAAGCAAAAAGCAGCGUUUUUGCUACAAUAGAGAAGCUGCUGAAAUGCAUGGUCAGGGGCGGACUGACCAUUCGAGCACUCGGGCACUGCCUGAGGGCCCGGGGUCAGUAGGGGACCCCAUGAAAUGCCCCUGGUACCUUUUUUUUAUAGGCUUUUUUUUGAGUGUGGGCAAGGACAGGGGCCCCAUGAUCCCCCAUUGCCCGGGGGCCCCAUGAGUUGUCAGUCCGCCCCUGGUGAGGAUAAU